AUGCCUUUUUCAACUACGGUUCAUUUUCACGGUAUCGAGCAGCAAGGCACGCCAUGGUCUGAUGGCGUUCCAGGUCUUUCCCAACUACCAAUUGAACCCGGUGACGAAUUCGUCUACAGAUGGAAGGCGACCCAGUACGGCAGCUACUUCUACCAUGCGCACCGCAGAGGUCAAAUCGACGAUGGUCUGUACGGCGCCAUUCACAUCCUGGCCGACGACUCUGUGGAGAGGCCGUUUGAUAAGAUCACCAAGGACCCGGUCGAACUUCUGCAAAUGCACGAAGCGGAGAAAAACUCGCAGCCAAUCUUGUUUUCGGACUGGCGUCGCUUGACGUCCGAAGAGACAUAUCGCACCGAACAGAUGACUGGAUUGGACGGAUUCUGUACCAACAUUAUCCUUAUCAAUGGCAAGGGGUCGCAGCACUGUCUGCCAAGGAAGAGGCUUAAUGCAUUGACUUCGGCUGCGCAGAAGGGAUUGCUUGGAAAUAACACUGUCACUGAUACCGGAUGCAUGCCACCAAUUGAGGUUCUCGAAGGCCACUUCUGGCGCAACAUCAGCCUAAUGCCCAAGAGUUUCUAUUCCGGCUGCACGCCAACUCAGGGCCCGAAGGAAGUCAUCAAAGUAAACCCGGCUGCAAGCUGGGUGAGUUUCGAUUUGAUCACCUCCGCAGGCGUGUCAACACCCACGGCCUCCAUCGACGAGCACAGCAUGUACGUCUAUGCGAUUGACGGCCGCUACAUCGAGCCCAUGGAGGUCAACGGCAUCACGAUUAGCAACGGUGGACGCUACUCGGUAUUCGUGAAGCUCGACCAGCCUGCAGGGGACUACACGAUCCGCGCCCCCAACACAGGAAUCAACCAGAUCAUCAACGCGACAGCCACUUUGUCCUAUGACACCUUGCUCAAAACCCAGACAACGCCUUCCAAGCCCUGGGUCAACGAAGUCGGCAGCAACACAACUGCUUCCACCAUCCUCUUCGACGAAACCAAAGUCAUCCCCUUCCCCGUCCUCACCCCUGCCCUCUCCGUCGACCACACCUACAAACUAACCGUCGACCACUUUAACGCCUCCUAUCGCUGGACCCUCGGGAACACCUCCUUCUCUAUGUCUCUCGAAGGCGCAACCCCCCUCCUCUUCAACACAUCCUCCAUUCCCACAGACCUAACAAUCACAACCCGCAACGGCUCCUGGGUCGACUUAAUCAUGGUUGUCAAAACCCCGGUCCAACCACCCCACCCCAUACACAAGCACUCAAACAAAUACUUCGUCAUCGGCCAGGGCAAUGGCGAUUUCAACUACUCCUCCGUGGCUGAGGCGAUGCAGCAUAUUCCUGAGAGCUUCAAUUUCAAGGCGCCGCAGAUUCGAGAUACGUUUAAUACGCCUGCGGCGGAGACAGGGCCGACGUGGUUGGCGAUUAGGUAUCAGGUUGUUAAUCCGGGACCGUUCCUUUUGCAUUGUCAUUUGCAGGUGCAUUUGAGCGGGGGGAUGGCGAUUGCGUUGUUGGAUGGGGUUGAUAAAUGGCCGGUUGUGCCGGAGGGGUAUCGGUUGCCGGUUUUGGAGGAUUAA